AUGACAUCCAAGGAUAGUUCGUCGAAUUUAUUUUCACAGCAACAAAUAAAUAAUAAAUUAACUAGCCAAUAUUCAUCGGGUAGGAUGAUACAGCGACGAAAUCAAAAUGUAGCUUAUCCACGUCGCCAAAAUAUUCCAGCAACAAGCAGUGAUCUACUUAAUCACUCGUCAUCAUCAACAUUCGUCGUGCCAUUACUUAAUGGUGCGAUGGAUGAAUUUUUUCACGUAACAAAAAUUAUGGAAGAUGAAGUUAUGUUACCAUCUCGCCUUAAAGACAUGCCAGUUGACGAAGUUAUUCUUGGCAAUUCAGUUCAACCAAAUAGUUGGCAUGAAUUAUAUUCAUUUGUUCGUGAUGUUAGAAAUCAAUUAACACGAUCAAAUCCAUUUGUCGAUAGUGAUAAUAUUGCAGCUAAACAACAAAUCAAAGACCCAAGCGAUGACGAAGGAAUAUUAAUUGCUAGUCAUGAUACAACACAAAAUUCAUCAGCAUCAUCAACUGCUUCGUCGGAUGAACUUGAACACAGCACCACAUCAUCUAUAGCAUCAUUUGAUACGAUUAAAGACGAUCUUAAGCAUCAUUUUUUCGGACUGAUUGGGUCCCUUGACACUUUAAAAACACUAGCUAGUAGAGUAACUGACAAAUAUCGAGAAGAUCACGUUUAA